UUUGUCUCAAAAAAAAGAAAAGAAAGGGAGUUCUAGGACAUGUUCUUUGGACAUGUCAAAUAUGCCUGUUAGAAACUUGAGUGGAGAUGUGAAGCUCUAAGUUAGGAUAUAUGAGAUUGGCAGUCACCAGAGAGUUUGGAGUUGGAGCCUAAGAGUAACUGGACUAGAGACAGUAUCUCACUCACAAGUGAGAUAAGGUGGAAAAGAGAGGACUUCAAAGAAGUUGGAAUCUGGAAGAGAGGGAGAAUUGUCUGGAAGUUGCAAUUGUCUGAAAAGGAGGAGCAAGUAAGACACCUGCCUACCUCCAGCCUCAACAGCAGGAGAGCAAAAGAGAGCUUUGGAGUCUUCUGGGAGGAGGAGAGGUCAGUUAGAGUAAGAAGGUCCUCAAAAAGGAGAACAGAGGAGAUGCUGCUGCUGACAAGCAUGAAUUCCUGUCCCCCACAAGGCUUGGGUUACAGAAAGAUGACAAACUGGUCUGGUUGGGUGUGCAAAGCUGUAUGAGAAUUAGGAGCUGUGGGAAGAAAAGCCAUUCAACACCGGACCCCAACCUGAUGCCACUUCGACUCAAAGAAGGGCCUUGGAGGUCACUCAAAAGCUCUGGGUUGAUUUGUGGAAAGUUUUGCCCUGCAGCAGAACACAAAGAGAUCAAAGACCCUCAAAGAAGAGACAGAGACCAGAGAGAUGGGGACUGGGACAGAGGUCCAGAGAAAGGGAGAAUAGAGAUGAGGGAGAGGGACACAAACCCAGAGAGAAACAGCAUCCCAGAAAGAAAUGUGGACCGGAAGUGGGCCGGAAUCAGCAAGUUCUAAGGCUUAGUGUCUCUCUCCACGCCCCCAGCAGAGGGCGCCCGGAACCCCUUUCCAGGAGUCCGGGGUGACCAAUCCCCCACUAUUUGCCCCUCAAGCCAAUCGGAUGGGGCUAUUUUUACGCAGUGUCACCAGACACCGACUGGCUGGAAGGCCGUCUUGUGUUUGCCCUUCGGUUCUUGAGAGUGACCCUGUGGCAUCUUCCCAGCCCACUCCCCACCCGUUCCUGGCAACCCCAGCCUCCUUUUGCGCUAUUCAGGGAUACAGUUCAGGCCCUGCUAGAUUUCAGGAAGUCUGGUAUAGAAUCCAGGUGGAGACCGCAAGGCAGACUGAGGAGAGGAUGGGGUGCGGGUGCACAUGUUCAGCGGUUUGCAGCUGCCAGAGUGACCCCAGGACAGGACAGCCAUCAGGACAGUGGUGGAGCUGCCCAGGAGUGAUGGUCAGAGAGAGAUCCAGAGAUAAGACUCCAGAGGCCCUGAGUCCUCUAGGGGUCCUAAAACAGACACUCCAAGUCAUUCAGAAAUACAGGCAAAGACCCAAAGGGAAGCCUCAGAAAAACCCUGGAAUGGAGACAUGGAAAUUCAAGAGAUAAUAAAUGAAAAGAUAUCCAGGGAGACAAAAAGAGAAACAAGAUCAAAAUGAAAGCAUAGAUCCAGAGACCAAGACACAGAAUCUGGCAGGGAGUUCCAUUGAGAGGCCCCUAGAAUGAGAAACUUCAGAGAUAACUAACCCAUAGAGAUACUCAGAAAAAUAGAUUCCCAAUAGAAAGACCCAACACGAUGACAUAGACAGACACUGAACCAUUCAAGAGAAAGGUGGAAAUACGCGACGCCAAUAGAGAGCUCAGAUUGUCAUUUAAAAAGAGGAGAAACACAUACACAAAAACUGGGAGAGAAGCAGGGCAGAGAUCCCGGGCAACAGAGGUAAACAGGGAAAGGGGACCUGAAAGCUGGUUAGUCGCAGAAAGCGCAGCGCGGCGGUGGUUUGGGGGCAGGGCGGGGGCCCCGGCAGAGGGCGCCCGACCGCCCUCUGCCCCUCUGGGGUCACGGCGCCCCCUCCCCCGCGCCCUCGCCGGACUGCCGGGCUAUUUUUACGCGCCGACACUGGACACCGAGCUGGGUCUGCCGCGGCGGCAGCGGCGGCUGAGGCGGGGCCGCACCGGUCCGGGUGUCCGGGCCACACGCCCGCUCGCGGGUCGCCGGGGCUGCGCGCGCCAUGGAGCCACGGUGUCCACCGCCGUGCGGCUGCUGCGAACGGCUCGUACUCAACGUGGCCGGUCUGCGCUUCGAGACCCGGGCGCGCACAUUGGGCCGCUUCCCGGACACGCUGCUCGGGGACCCAGCACGCCGCGGCCGCUUCUAUGAUGAAGUGCGCCGCGAGUACUUCUUCGACCGGCACCGUCCCAGCUUCGACGCGGUGCUCUACUAUUACCAGUCCGGCGGGCGGCUGCGGCGGCCGGCGCACGUGCCGCUCGACGUCUUCCUGGACGAGGUGGCUUUCUACGGGCUGGGCGCGGCGGCCCUGGCGCGCCUGCGCGAGGACGAGGGCUGCCCGGUACCACCCGAGCGUCCCCUGCCCCGCCGCGCCUUCGCGCGCCAGCUCUGGCUGCUCUUCGAGUUCCCCGAGAGUUCGCAGGCCGCGCGCGUGCUCGCCGUCGUCUCUGUGCUCGUAAUCCUAGUCUCCAUCGUGGUAUUUUGCCUUGAGACGCUGCCUGACUUCCGCGACGAUGGCGACAACGCAGGGAUUGCAGCAGUGGCAGCCGCUGCCCCGUUCCCUACUCGGCUGAAUGGCUCCAGCCCUGCGCCUGGAAAUCCACCCCGCUUGCCCUUCAGUGACCCAUUCUUUAUGGUGGAGACGCUGUGCAUCUGUUGGUUCUCUUUUGAGCUUCUGGUGCGCCUGAUGGCCUGCCCGAGCAAAGCGAUCUUCUUCAAGAAUGUGAUGAACCUCAUCGAUUUUGUGGCCAUCCUACCCUACUUUGUGGCACUGGGCACCGAGCUGGCCCGGCAGCGAGGGGUGGGCCAGCCAGCCAUGUCACUAGCCAUCCUGCGGGUCAUCAGAUUGGUGCGUGUCUUCCGCAUCUUCAAGCUGUCCCGGCACUCAAAAGGCCUACAGAUCUUGGGCCAGACACUUCGGGCCUCCAUGCGUGAGCUGGGCCUCCUCAUCUUCUUCCUCUUCAUUGGUGUGGUUCUCUUUUCCAGUGCAGUCUACUUUGCUGAAGUUGACCGAGUGGACUCUCAUUUCACCAGCAUCCCCGAGUCCUUCUGGUGGGCAGUGGUCACCAUGACCACAGUUGGCUAUGGAGACAUGGCACCUGUCACUGUGGGUGGCAAGAUAGUGGGCUCUCUGUGUGCCAUCGCUGGUGUGCUGACCAUUUCCCUGCCAGUGCCUGUCAUUGUCUCCAACUUCAGCUACUUUUACCACCGGGAAACAGAGGGCGAAGAGGCUGGGAUGUUCAGUCAUGUGGACACGCAGCCCUGUGGCACACUGGAGGGCAAAGCCAAUGGGGGAUUGGUGGAUGGAGAGAUGCCUGAACUACCACCUCCACUCUGGGCCCCCCCUGCAAAACACCUGGUCACUGAAGUGUGAGGGACAGUUAAGGUCUGCAGAACCUCAUACUUCCUUGCAGGAAAGGAGGAAGGUAGGGUGGAGGGCCAGGCCGAGGGGAGGGAAAUGCAUUUAGGAAGAAUUAGGUUAUGUGGUAAUGAACUGGGGAACACUGAGUCUUGCUGGGUCUUGAGUUGUGUGGUUUGGUAGCUCCUGAGGGUACCUCCUUGUGUAUCAGCAAGUGGCAGUGGGUUGUGUUGAGUUGAGGAGGACUCCAUUGGUUCAUCUUGCAUUGAGCUGUGCAAAGUUCAUGGGGGCUUUUGGGGUAGUAUUGAGAUAGGUUUGGUCAUAUCAUUUUGUGAGUUUCCUUGGCUGGUAUUAGGUUGGGUUGGGCUAUGAGUCCAGGUGAGUCUUGUUCAACUGCAUUGUACAGGAUUCUGUGUUUUUUUGAGUCCCCUAGGGCAUGGUGGGUCACGUUAGAUGAUCCUCCAUAGCAUUGUUGAGAUUGAUUGUGCGGUCAUGCAUGGUGUUCAGUUUCAUGGAGACAUAUUCAAAAUUGUGGAGCUUUGUGAUUCUUCUGGGGCCAUGUUAUUUUAGGUUCUGUGAAUUUGUGAGUCGUAUAGAAAUGUGAAUAGUCACUUGAUAGAAUUUGAGUUUUCUAGGUCCCAGUGGGUUUGGGUUGGAAUGGAUGAUCAAAUGAGUCUUAUAAGGUUCUGUUGGGUUGAGUUGUCUAGAGUUUUGUGAUUGUAAGCUUUUCAGGGCCAUAAUGAAUUGAGCCAUAUUGAGUUAUAUAACUACAUGAAUCUUGUAAGGCCAGUUGAGUUGGUUCAUAUAACUGUCUGAGUCUCAUAGGGUCAUGCUGAGUUGAGUUAUAUUGAGUUGUGUCAUUGUGUGUCCUGUAGUAACAUGAGAUUAAGUUGGACUGUAUGAAUGAGUUCUAUAGGGCCAUGUUGGGUUGUUUUGCAUUUAGUGAUAGCGCCAGGACCCAAGGAAGAAGUACUGGAAAAGAAUUAUGGAUCAGGGAGCAAGUGUGUGAUGGUAUAGACUCUGGGAGAUGUACCAAGCUGGCUUCUCUGGUGUUACUCACUGUAGGGGGGAUGAAGGCAGCUGGAUUCUGUAUCUACAGGUUCAAAUGUUCAUCUAGAGGUGACUUGGGUGAACUAGAAAGAGAUAGACUCUCCUUCUGUAUGCCCCACAUCCACUUUGUUGUGGCAUCUAAUCCUCCUACCCCAUCCUUCCCUACAGUUUGACUCCCAGACAUGGAGGUCAGAGCCACAAAGGAAAGGGAAGGGGAAAGGGUGAGAAAACUGUGCUCUGUCCACACAUGAUGGAGGGACAGAAACCAAAGGGUGGGGGACAAAGACCAGGGGAAGGAUAGAGACCCAGAGAGAGGAAGAGAUAGAAACCCAGGGAAGAGGAGACAAAGACUUUUAAGAGAGAGGAAUAGAGACUUAGGGGAAAGGAAAGACCUGGAUGGGGGACAGACCUUGAGAGAGAAGGGACAGAAAUCCAGAGUGACAGGAGGAAAAAAACAAGAAUGAGGGGUAGAAACCCAAAGAGCAGUAUUAGGCAGCCAGAGACAAUUCCCUGGGUUUGAGACAGAACAUAGAGUCUCAGAGAAAGGGAACCAAAAAAGAAAAAGGCAGAUAAAGUCAGUACCAGCUGGGCAGAGUGGCUCAUGUCUAUAAUCCCAGUACUUUGAGAGGCUAAGGUGAGAGGAUCACUUGAGGCUAAGAGUUUAAGACCAGACUGGGCAACAUAGCAAGACCUCAUUUCUACCCCAAAUAAGAAAAAUUAGCCAGGUGUGGUGGUACAUGUCUAUAAUCCCAGCUACUCAGGAGGCUGAAGCAGGAGGAUCAUUGAGCCUAGGAAUGUGAGGUUACAGUGAGCUAUGAUGAGGCCACUGUACUCCUCAUAGGUGACAAAGUAAGAUCCUGUCUCUAAAAGAAAAAAAAAAAAACUAAAAAGAAAUAGUCAGUGACCUGAACCUGCAAAAGAUAUAGUCUCUAUUCCACAUAAUCAUAGAAUUCCUAAAUCAGGCUGUUCACCCCUCCUCCUCACAGCUCAGGAAGGCUGUCAGACAGGCUGAAGGCCUCACUCUUUUUUCCAGGGGAGAAACCUGACUCUCAGAGCAGGGGAGUGGCCUCCCAAGGUCACACAGCACAUCCCUGGGGGCCAGUUCUGUGACAGGCUGCCUGCUCCACAUGUCCCCUUCAGCUUCCUGGUGCACAAGGGACCUUCCAAGUC